AUGCACCUUUGCUUGACACUUCUGAGGGCUGUUUUUCAAGUUUCCGUAACAACCCCUUUUUGGAGGGCAGACGUGGAACGGAAGGUUCAAGCUGGAUUCGAAGGAAGUGCCAAAGAGGGUCCAAGUGGGAGUACUCCUAACUCUGCCCCAAACGUCUCAAAGCUCAGAAAGUGUCGCAUUCCACGUCUCAUUCUCUGGGUUCAGCGACCGCGAUCAUGUCAGGCUCGGUCUGGCUACUUGAAGCAUGGCUUGAGCACUUGGGCCCGGCACUGCGAUGGAGCGAUCUUUUGGGAUGAGAAUCGCGAGGAGAUCGCGGCCCUGGAUGCUCAGUCUGCUUUGGGCGAACCAGAGCCUUUGGACUUCAGGCCAAGGCCGUCUGGCCUGUCCCACCGCUGGAUUCGCACCAGACGUUUGUGGCGACACAUCUUUCGCAACGAAGUGGAACACUAUGAUUGGUUCGUCUCCUUUGAUGACGGUGGCUUUCCGAUUGUCGAGAACAUCCGGCACUUGGUCCGGGACAUGAAUCCGCAGAACGCCGUGAUGAUGUCGGACCGAGACAGGUCUGCUGGCUUUGGUUCUUUCAUGAGCAGAGGGGCCUUAAAGCUCUUGGGCGAGGCAUUGGACAAAAAUCGCCAAUGCCCUCAGCCCACUCGAAGCCAGCCUUUAUCGAGUUUACAGGCCUAUGGCACUCUGUGGCAGUGCCUUCACGAUGCGACGCGGCGGGUGGCUUGGGACGUGGAGCUGCGACACCUUCUCCGCUGCAAAGAGGAUGACCACUCAAUCUUGAACCUGAAGGCGAGCACUGCCCGUGGGGUUUGCCCCUAUGCGCUUUUUGCCUUCAUGGUGCCAGAGCCAACGUGGUUAGUCGACAUUCAUGCAGCCAUCUAUCGUGACACACAGCUGAAGCAAACGCCAUAG